AUCGGGCAACCUCCUACUUCUUCUGCCGUCAAAUUGCAAAGCGACAAAUUUCACAGGAAAUACCUAAGCCCUAAACCUUUGCGCUCUAAAAUUGGCACAAUCCCUUUCUAAAUUACUACUUUCAAGUUUCAAGUCCCUUUCUCUUCGUCUGUCUCAAUGUCCUGAGUUCUUAAUUCCCAUUGAAUUUGUUUAGGGCUUGUGCAGUUUGUGUGUUUCUGAAGAUGGACAUCGAGCAAAAACAGGCAGAACUAAUCGAUCACUUCGUCAAGAAAGCAUCGGCUCUUAAAGGCACGAUCCUUGACCCCGUUAUUAUUGAGGCCACUUCUCACCCGUCCCUCUUCGCGUUCUCUGAGAUUCUCGCAGUACCCAGCGUCGUUGAGCUUGGAGGAACUGAAAAUUCCGGGUACCUUGAUGUGCUUCGGUUGUUUGCACAUGGCACAUGGACUGAUUAUAAGAAUAAUGCUGGUUGUCUUCCUGAACUGAUUCCUGAUCAAGUCCUCAAGCUUAAACAACUUACUGUGCUUACACUUGCUGAAACAAACAAGGUUCUACCCUAUGAUCAACUAAUGCAAGAGCUAGAUGUCACAAAUGUUCGUGAACUUGAGGAUUUUCUUAUCAAUGAGUGCAUGUAUGCGGGGAUAGUGAGAGGAAAGUUGGAUCAGCUACGAAGGUGCUUUGAGGUUCAAUUUGCAGCUGGGAGGGAUCUGAGACCUGGACAACUUGGGAAUAUGUUACAAACACUAUCAAACUGGUUGGCUACAUCGGAGAAUCUACUUGUAUCGAUUCAAGAGAAGAUAAAAUGGGCUGAUACUAUGAGUGAAUUGGACAAGAAGCACCGAAAGGAUGUGGAAGAUAGGGUUGAAGAUGUAAAGAAGUCCCUCUCCCUCAAGGUCAUUUCUGGGAUAUGUCGGUCGAUGUGUCUUACUUACGUUGUGGCAGAAGUUACACACUGUAAGCAGGCCGACAUUGACUUCAGAGGGCACGAGGAGAUCUACUCUGAGCCUGGUGGAGUGAUGGACUAUGAGGAAGACCGAAGCCGACCCAAAAGGAGGCGGCAUCCAAUAUCUUGAAGGUAUAGAUAGAUCAGGAAACUCAUUGGAUACAUUCCAGAUUUUCAUUCAUAGCAUUCCAGCAACAGAUGAUUUCUGCUUUUAGGGACGAUGAUACUUCCUCUGACAGCGAAGUUUUCAUUGUCAAUUUGGAUUGAUAUUUCAAAACUGUUACCAUGUUCUUGAACUUACUGUUAUUCAUAUUGAUCUAGAAAGGAUGGAACCAGGUUUGGUGGUGCGGCUGAAAAUUUAACGGGUCAGAAUCUGAAUUUUAUGUUUUUCUAUAAUCCUUUUUGAUGCUUGCCCUUCAAUUGGCCACAAAAAUAGCUGCAUAUAAUGUAUUAUAGCUGCUUCAAACAAUGGGAAACAAGGAAAAUAUUUUCCUGGAAAAUGUCUUCCGCAGGCUUUAGUAGUUGAGAAUUUUAUCUGAUGAGUGGUA